GGGCCCUUCAAUGACCCAACGUGUCGGUGCUUCGUCUUCGUGCUUGAACUUCAGCGGCCCUCCAACCCGAAUUUAAAUUUGUUGUUCAACAUUUCGCUUUUGAGAACGGUGACAGAAAUGCUGUCUACUGUGCGGCUCUUGCUGUCUAAGCUGGUGUCUCCAUUGUGGAGAACUGUAGAGAUGGAUGAAAAUGGCAUUUUGGGCGGUGAACUCGGUAUGGAAGACAUUCGUCACAUGCGUGGCAGUGUGGUGAGCCAGAUCUGUUUGGACUAUGGCAUGAUAGAUGAUACAGUAUACUUUAACAUCGCGGAGGUACUCGGCGGGGUGCUACUGAAAGAAGGGGAUAUUGUGAACUGCACAGCAGUAAGAGAUCAUAACCAAGGCGGGUGGAAAGCUUUAAGGGUGGAAAAGUGUACAGAAGCCUGGGAUGAUGGAGGAGGAACUUCCUUAGAAGCUGACAGUUUGCGGCUGCGGCCUCUCAUUGGCACAGUCACAUCAUUCGAUGGAGAUGGCGGCAACAUAAACAAGACCACAUACUUCUCACGCUACAGUCUUUCCGAAGGGUAUGAGCCAAUGAAAGGAGACUGGGUCCAAGCAAAAUAUUUUAUCAAUCCAACUGAGUGGACUACACAGGCGCAUUCUGUGGCUCCUUUACGCUAUUGCCGCCUAGACAGGGUGUGUGUAACCAGUGUGUUUGGUAGCAGUGGCGUGGUGGACGACAGUGUAUUUUUUUGCUUGGAUUCUCUGCUGCUGCCUGCAAACUAUCAGCCUUUGACAGGGCACCAGGUGAACCUGGUGAUGGUGGAGAGCAGUCAGUCCAUCUACAGCUGGAGGGCCCUGUGCAUGGCACCCUGUCUCAAGAGUGUGCAUUCGAUUCCUGCAAUCCUUACAGAGACUGAACUCCAAACCAUCUUGGAAAACAAGGGAGAGCUGGAAGUGUCAGAUUAUGGAAAACAGUUUGGGGAACUAAUCAUUGGAGAGACACGAGAACUGGUGUUUUGGAUACAAAAUAAAGGUUCAGUGACCCACAGGUUGAAAUACUGUGACUUUGCUGGCUGGGACUCAGAAGAACAGUUCAGCCUAGUUCCCCUUCAAGGCUCCACAUCUCAGAGACGGAAGCGUCCUUUGUCGGCAAAUUGCUCUGGGUCUGAAAAACGAGCCUUUGAUGCAGAGGUCGAUAAAAAAAUUGGUGCUGAAGUGCUGAAGGAGACUAUUGACUGCCCUGAUGUACGGAGGCAGGAAAGGGAGCUGGAUAUUUCACCAGGAGAGAGGGUGUCUGUUGCAGUAGCCUGUCAAGGAAAGAGCCUGGGAAUCUGUGCCGAGCUGCUAUUACUGCACUUCUCCUCUUUCACCAUUGGGCGGUGCUUGGAGGUCACAGUUGGCAGUGAGGAGGCAACCCUGCUACAGCCCUCUGUGCCCUACUCUCCCACUGAUGCUCGUCCACUCCCAACUACACCGACUCAAGUGAUCACUGUCUCUGUUCCAAAGGACACACCGAGAUUUACUAAGCGGCGGUUGCCACAGUUCCUACCGAACUUCCCAGUGCCACAGGCUCUAAAAGACUGUGUGGAGAGACAGAGUGAUGUGCUGGUGGUUCAGCCUUGUCUUGGAGAGUUGCUGUCACCGUCCAACAUGCGUGCACGCUUCUCAGCCCUUCUCUGGCUGGAAGAGCUGCAUUCAGAGAGGGAGCUGAGGGAAUUCACAAUCACUGGAGCUCUUCUCAGGAAGGGAGCUGCCUACCUGCACUUAGAGGUCAAUGGGUUGACUGAAGGUAGACCCAGUGUCAAUAUAGGUGACAGAAUAGUCUUGAAGAAAGCACGGAGUGACGGUGUUGUAAUGGAGUUUGUUAGUUAUGUCACAGAGAUCAAUGACGAGGAUGUAAGCUUGAAAGUGAACUCUGACUUUCAGAGAAACUACCUCGGAGAGCCACUUGAUAUUGAGUUCUCUUUCAAUAGGAUCACCAUGAGGAGGUGUCAUAAUGCACUUGACCAGACAAAAGUGUUUGGAAACAUUCUCUUCCCAGCUGUUGUGACUCUUCAGGCUCCUCAAUGGACAGGAAAAUGGAUAGAAGACCAAGACCAAAACAAAUCAGUAGACAGUGAGACUCCACUCCCGGAUAAUAAAAAAAAGAUGUCGACCAUUUCCAUCAACAUGAAGUCAAAGGCUACACAGACUAAAGAUGGUAGACUGCCACUGAAACCAAUUCCCAGCAAAGGAAACUUCUUUAACCCUGACCUGAACCCUGCUCAGAAAGAGGCAGUGAAGAUGAUGCUGGCUGGAGAGUGUCGGCCCAUUCCUUAUAUACUGUUUGGUCCUCCAGGCACUGGGAAGACAAUCACCCUCAUAGAGGCUAUACUACAGGUGUACCACUUUCUACCCAGCAGCCGUGUACUCGUUUGUACUCCUUCCAACAGUGCUGCUGACCUCAUCUGUGUCCGCCUUCAUGACAGUGGCUUCCUGGAUGCUGCUAGUUUGGCCCGCAUCAAUGCAUCGUGUAGGCCGGAUGAGUCCAUCCCAGAUGUGCUCAAACUUUACUCAAAGGCAGGAGAGGACAUUCGUCAGGCUUCUUUUCACAGGAUUGUGGUCAGCACCUGCUCCAGCGCUGGAAUGUUCCACAAUAUUGGACUACAAGUGGGACAUUUUACCCAUGUGUUCUUGGAUGAGGCCGGCCAAGCCACUGAGCCAGAGUCACUCAUCCCCAUAAGCCUUGUAUCAGAGCGCAAUGGACAGAUUGUGUUGGCCGGAGACCCCCGUCAGUUGGGUCCAGUUGUGAAGUCCAAGCUGGCCACUGCCUUUGGCCUUGGGGUGUCUAUGUUAGAGAGGCUCAUGUCCAACCCACUGUACACCAGACAAGACUGGGGUUACAAUCCUAAACUGGUGACGAAGCUGAUCUACAACUACCGUUCUCAUGAGGCUUUGCUCACGCUGCCUUCCAAGCUUUUUUACCAGGGGGAAUUGUGUUGUAAAGCUCCUAGGACUGUAGUUAACUCUCUCUGCCAGUGGAAAAACCUGCCCAAAAAAGGCCUCCCUCUUCUCUUUCACGGUGUCAGGGGAACAGAAAUGAGAGAGGGUAACAACCCAUCAUGGUUCAACCCUGUGGAGGCUGUACAGGUCAUGCUCUACUGCUGCCAACUGGCCAAGAAGCUCUACAACCCUGUGGAUGCCUCUGACAUUGGCAUCAUUGCCCCCUACAAGAAACAAAGUGAGAAGAUUCGAGUGCUCCUGGGGAAAGUCGGCCUGUCUGACAUCAAAGUGGGAUCGGUGGAAGAGUUCCAAGGACAGGAGUUCCUGGUCAUCAUCAUGUCUACAGUGCGCUCUAAUGAGUCAGUACAGAGUGAUGAUUUGCAGAGUUCACUUGGUUUUCUGGCCAACCCCAAACGCUUCAACGUGGCAGUCACUCGUCCUAAAGCGCUGCUCUUAAUUGUUGGAAAUCCCCAUGUUCUCAUUCGGGAUGUGUGUUUCCGGGCUCUGCUGCAGUACUGUUACAUCAAUGGGGCAUAUCUGGGCUGUGACCCCCCUCCCUCCCUUAGAGAUACUCAGAUAGUUGCAAAGGAGUAAAGAAGUGCACAAGAGAAUGAUGCCAGUAUGGAUCGUGUCUCCGUGAACUGGUCUUUAAGUUUUUCCUACUAUUGACAUUUCUUUGGAUUGUCACAGAGUUGAUUGUUAUUUCUUAUUUAUGUAAAACAAUGUUCAAACCCUAACCCCAGAUAUAAAUAUAAAUAAAAAUAAUGUUUGAACACUGCA